UCUGCAGAUUCUAAGACUAAAGGAAUUUAUAUCUGUUCAGUCUCAUGGACCCAGUGGUAUUCUGAUGGCUAACAAUCCCAGCUCAUACUUCCUGUUUCCCAAGGCAUUUAACAAGGUCCUUGAGUCAGAAUGGAAGGCUCUAGGAGUUAUGAUGAGUGAUAUUCUCCGGACCCCAAAGCUUUACACAUUCCCACAAUCAGUCUUAGACAGAUUGUCAGGAUACCCUUAGUGAAUGCUUCCAUGGCAGCAAUGGUUUCAGGAACCACAGUGAAUAAAGAAGGGGAGGAUACCCAGAGGACAGGUGGAUAGAUAGUCUGCAGAAUAGUUCAGAGCCUCAGACAGUGUCUUAAUAUCCUUCUAAUAACCUAAGCAGAGCUGUGAAGCCUCCCCUACCAUGGUCUCCAGAUAGAUUUACCAUGAAGGUCCACUUUCUACAGCACACAGGGGGCAUCCAGCCCAUUCAGGUAGUUUCAGAAUAGGGCAGAAAAAUGUCUCUGGGGUCUUUAGCAGUAUCUGUAGCUGAGUAUAGUUACUUCAUAGUACUCCCUGAUUCCUACCUUUCUCAGGUUUUCUUCAGCUUGUCAUUCUGAAACUGGGGAAGAGGCUAGUUCCUCCCACGGAAAGUCAACAUAAGAAUUUGAAGACCUGCCUGCAGAGCAAGUGGGAGGGAGAUAGGCACUUCAGGUCCCCUGUCAGAAUGAAGACUGCAAAUGGGGAUUACCGAAAAGAACAUAGAGAAAGGAGUCGUAGUCCAAUAGAACGGGCUGUUGCGCCAACAAUGGGCCUUCACGCUAAUCACAUAUAUGCCUCAAUCCCAAGCUUAACCAUGGAGCAACCUCUAGCACUGACCAAAAACAGCAUGGAUGCUAUUCGGUCCGUAAGCAUGACUCCUACAAUGACAUCAGUGGAACGGCAGCAGAACCGUCCAUCUGUAAUCACAUGUGCCUCUGCAAGCAAUCGUAACUGUAACCUUUCUCAUUGCCCAAUUGCGCACAGUGGAUGUGGUGCUGCUGUGCCAACCAGUUACCGAAGACCAUCUAGCACUACUGCUGCCUGUGAUCCAGUGGUAGAAGAGCACUUCCGCAGAAGCCUUGGCAAGAAUUAUAAGGAGCCAGAGCCAGUGACAAACUCUGUAUCCAUCACAGGAUCAGUCGAUGACCACUUUGCCAAAGCUCUUGGAGAUACCUGGCUUCAGAUUAAAGCUGCAAAGGAUGGUGUGUCCAAUAGUCCUGAGUCUGCUUCCAGGAGAGGCCAGUCCUCUUCUCCACCUUCCUCCCAUCUGGUCAAUCAUAAUCAUUCACCUUCAGUUGUCUCAUGAACACAGGACCACAGUUUCUUCGUCCAAACAUGAGUUGGUAUUGUUUUGGCUGAGCUUGAACAGUGCUCAAAAGAGAAAGUGUUUGGAAGGGAUGAUAUAAAAGGAGAUAAGGAUUCAGUACAUGUUUGUUUGUGUUUGCUUGGGCUUUUUGUUAAAAAAUACACAUGCCCUUAAAAUUGAUAGCAGGAACUAUUUGAUUUUUAAAAUUUUUUUAAUAAUGUAGCACUCUUUUUUUCCUGCCUCAGUUACCAAAGAAACCUCUGAUGCAACUCUGCUGCCCCCCCUUUCUAAAAAUGAAAUAUAGAUGUGAGUAAAUGGGGAAAAAAGAAAAGAAAAAAAAAGCCAUUCUGUACAGUUCAUUGACCCAAAUGCUUGUAUGCUUUGAUUAGCUUCUUGAGGGUAGAAUUGUGUCUGGACUUCGUCUCCAUUACUUUCUUCUCCCUUUGUGAAGUAAUUUUGUAUGUAUAUACUUGAAAAGAACUGUCAUGUAUGAUUUGCACUAUUGGAGGAGGUCUAGGGUUGCAUAGCAACUUCGUGCACGAUGCUUCUAUUCUGAGGGCAAACUGCUUGGCAAAAGCGUCUGGUGUCUCUGCCUCUUGAAAACAAGAAGCAGCAUCUGCUUGGGAAGGGGAAGUCUCAUACAGGUUAUAGGUCUUCUCGGUGUAGGUUUAGGUGCUUCAUGCUUGCAACUGGACUGCAUAAGCAACAGACCAUGGGCAUUUAAUUUUUUUUCCACACUGCAGUUUGUUAGAAUAGAGCUGAGGUCAGAGGGUUCAAUAGUGCUUAAAGAUGCAUGUUUUAUUGGAAAAAUAGCUGGUAUCUAUUAAUGUGUAGACAGUAAGAAAUAUACUUAUUAGCCUUUGUUGAGAACUAGUUUUUUUUUUCCAGUAACAGUCCUAGAUAAACUUACUGCUGGUACAGUUGUACUCUGAUACUUGUAUUUGAUAAAUACUCAUUUUCGUAGCAGCCAGCAACCUUGGACAGUCGCCUCUGGUCAGGCCUCAACUGAAGCAGUUUAUAUAUCAUGGAGUGUUCUGAGAUACAGGAUGCUACUGCAGCAUUCAUGACAAAAGAAACAAUUUUCAUGUGGAGAAUCAACUGUUCAGUGCAAACUUACGUACUAAAAUUAAAUAUAUUUAUCUGUGUACGUUCUAGUUACAAAAACUAUCUUGUUAAAUAUUUUGCCUGAAAAACAGAUUGCAUUUCAGAAUCUAAUUUUUGAGGCUGCUUAUAAACCUAGGCCAAGGCACCAUACAUUCCUCUUAUUUUUUUUAUAAAGGUGUUACUUGCAUUUAUUUCAUUUGCUGUAUUAAUAGUCACUAACUAGGUAAUAGAGGCAGGCAUAAAGAACAGACUUCUUUUAGUAGUAACAGGCUCAGCUGUUUGUUAAAUGUCACAACUACUCACCCACGCCUUACCCACAACCCCCACACAUUCCAGCAGUUACAACUAGUCCUUUUAAUGGUGGGUUACCUGAAAAGAUAGAUGCUGUAGAAAGCAUGUAGGACAAGGCAAAAGUCUGAAGUGCACGUGAUGUAUUUUGGACUAUGUUAUAGCAUUGGGGCCACAAUUUAUAUUUUUGUAAAAAUGAAAAGCAUGCAGGGGAGAAAAGAUCAGCAAAGGACCUGUUUUGUCCCUGUUCCAUACAGAGUGUAGCUGCCUACUUUUAAAAGCAGGAAAAGACAAGAGAAACUCCUUCAACACUUUUUACUGUCAUGUUAAUGGGUAGUUAAAUGCUCGGUCUCCUUUGGCAUUCAGUACCCUGCCCCCUUAAGAAAAGUGCAGAAAAAAAUACUUUUUUAUAUAGGUAACUUUAAGACCAUCAUUACGCUGUGCGUAAAGAAUGUACAGAGAAAUGUGUAGGUAUUUUUUGAGGAACAAUUAAUUUGUUAAUGAUAUGUAGCUAUUUAAUUUUUCCCUUUCCUUUAUUGUAAUCAUUCUCUUUUGUUUUUGUCUGGAGAAAAAAGUUGAUCUUUUUUUGUUGUUGUAGAUGUCUGUAAUACAGUAAAAGUGCAGGAACACAGUUAUUCUAUAAGAACACUGCAUUAGCAAUUAAUAGCCACUAGUGUGUUGUUGCUACAGGCUACUGAGCGGUCUAACAAGAAAGUACUAAUGACUGCAGAUGGACUUUGUGAGAUACAGAACUCUUUUGACAUUUCUUUGAAGCACAAUACUACAAAGUGAAAUUUACUUAUCUGUGAUGAGUAAAUGGGGCAUAAAAUAUCAGCACUGCAGUCCUAACACACAAUACUUGGAUGUACACUUGUGUUGAUUGUGGUGGGACAUACUUUGAAGUAAGUGCGCUGAGGAUUAUCGUCUCAGUGUGAUGUGUAGUGUAUAUAUAUAAAACCAUUUGGGGAAAAAUAGUCCAAGGGAAAUAGAAUUAUUUUUUGAAAGCCAAAAGGGUUGGGAGGGGGGAGGAGGAGGGGGGAGGAUAUUAACCUCAUUCUUACAUGAAGUUUUUUUCACAGAGCCACAGGAUCUACAGUCCAGCUUGAACAAUGUUCUCCAUGUUUGUAAAUCUGUAACAUAUCAUUCUUUUGUGGCCUUGUUUCACCUGGCAAUUUUUAAAAAAGGUUUGGCAGGCCAUCUUUUUUUUUUGUACUUAAAAGUAGCCUUAAUGAACAAUAAAGUGCUCUUAAAUCUUA